GUAUCCUAUUCCUAUCCACUGCCCGACCAGUUCCUCCACUCCCCUCCGGCUCAGGCCGCUGCCGCCGCCGGCGACUUGCUCUCCCCUCCGGCUCAGUCUGCACUGUAUGCUCCUACUGGCCUAGGCCCUCCCUCCCCACGAAAUUCAUGGCUGCGCCCGCGCAUUGUGCCAGGGUGACCAUGCGUUCCACGGCCUUCCAGUGCGCUGCUGCUACCGGGUACCGAACAGUCAAGCUUGUGUGCUGCAAGCGCCGCGUGUCGUCGGUGCAGAAAGGAAUUCGGGGCCUUGAUGGGUCAAUACAGCAUCGAGGGCUUGUUUCGCCCCGGCCAUCCUUCCGAAUACAGGCUUGCACAGCACGACUGUUCGACGGCAGCAUGGAUGAACAAUUGGCCCAUCACUGUUCUCCUGCAUUUUCAACCAGGCAGGGCGAUAUGAUGGGGCAAGUGCAAGACGAUCGCCCACCGUUGAAUCUGGAAUUGGGCGGCGCCUGUCCCGGUGGUUUGUCAGAGAAGGAAAUCGAAAGAAGACGAAAGAUUAGUGCUGCAAACAAGGGGAAGGCCCCCUGGACCAAAGGAAGGAAAUUAACCCAAGAGCACAGGCAGCGCAUCAAGCAGGGCACUAUCGAGGCUCUGAGAGAUCCCAAGGUUAAGAAGAAAAUGCUAGGACACCGUCAGUUGCAUAGACAAUCGAGCAAAGACAAAAUAAGCGCCGCGCUGAGAAAGGUAUGGGAGAGGAGAAUGAUUUCUGUCAGGUCAAGACAGAUGAUCCUUCGUAUAUGGUCAGAUAGCAUCGCUGAGGCAGCGAAAGAAGGUGACCACGGGCAAGAUAAGCUGGACUGGGACAGCUAUGACAAGAUACAGUCUGAGAUGAUGUCUGUGUUCCUAUGGAACAAAGAGAAAGAACGGGUAACCAAGAAGCUUAAAAGGGCGGUGACAAAAAUCGUUGCCAAGAAGCUUCAAGCAGCAGAGAAAAUGGAGCUACUGACUAAAAGAACAAAGAAGGCGAAACCUGAGAAGCUGGUGCUGCAAAAGUCAGAUGCUCAGCCGAGACGGGUGUUGGCAUCCACAAGACCAAAGCUUAAAGAGAGGCUAACCAAGUGGCACGGCCGCAAGAAGGAGCUCGAGAUCGUGAUAAGCUCACGGACAAGAGGUGGAGGAGGGCUGCGUAAGCCGGCGGUCGCGAGGAGAAGGGCGGUGGAGAGGCGAGCCGAGGUGGACUUGGCGACGGAGCCCGGGGUUCCGCCAGGCCGGAUGAAGGAGCUUCACUCGCCUUGCAAGGAUGGGCUCCCCUGCGGCGACACCUGAAGAACCUGCACUGUUGAGCUCAGGAGUUCUUACAUUGAUGCUGAUGAUGUCUUGCUUUAGUUGGCCUCUGUGGAUGAUGAUCAGUCAAGUGAUGGUGUCUGUAACAGGCUGUGAGCUCUUGCGUUGUGUAGGCUGGUUACACUAUUAUUUUUUUUGGCCCCUCUGUGUGGAUGAUCAGUCAAGUGAUGAUGUGUAACAGACUGUGAACUUGUGUGUUUUCUUUGCCAUGAUUUCAGCUGAAUAGAAAAAAAUCACCAUGCAUUUUCAUGCA